UUUAAUAAAAUGGCGGAGUCUUUAGAAGACACGAUGGACUCUGACUUUGAAUACCGGCGAAUGACUAUCAAGGAAGUAGUCGAAAAAAUAGAAGAAGCAUGGCAGAACGAGAAAUUAUCUCCAGAGCUCCUACCGGCCAAACCUGAUCUAUUAGAAUGCUUGGUUGAACACAUUAAGUCACUGGAUGAGUCCCUCUCUGAACUCUCAGCUGCUGAUCUUGUAUGCAGCAUCUUAAAACAAGAGCUCGAUCGUAUAAAGUAUGUUGUAUGUAACUAUCUAAAGACAAGAUUACAGAAGAUAGAGAGAUACGUUUGGUAUUAUUGCGAUCAUCCUUCACAUCUAUCCCAAGAAGAAACGAAAUAUGCUAAAGAGUUUGCAAGCAACCUUGACACACACUUAAAGGAAGUCGUGCUACAGCAUUUACCAACCAACUUUCAAGACAUCAAUAAAAGGAAAGCAACCCUUAAACCCGACACCACAAGAUACGUAUUUAUGAGGGCCCUGGAGAGGAAAAGCAACAUAACCAUUAAAGUCUCUGGUUAUAGUGUAACGCUAGAUGUUGAAGAAGGUUCGCAAGUUGUCCUGCCUUACGAAUCAGUCUCAGAACUCGUUAGAGAAGGCUCUGCAAAACUCUUAUGAUAGUUAUUAUUACCUAGUGUUUAUUAUGAUAAAGACUGAAGCCAUGUACAUGACUGUAAACAGACCUUAUCUUGUUUUAGCAUAAACACAAUCAAACCA